UUUGCCGCUAGUCAAACGAUCGCGAACCAUCGACGAGAAAGCAACGUUGAGAAGCGCGCUCGAGUGACGAUCGACCCGCGAGAUCAAGUUUUGUUUUAAGUUAACCAGACACUAGGAUUGUGUUGAGAUUCUGCUUUGUGUUGGGAGGGCAACUUCUUUCCAGAAAGGUGCACCACAGAAAGACUAUACUACUGGGGAUUGUCGUAUUGCCGGACGUCAUGCUGGAAGGAAGGAAGAUUCUGGUGGUAUGGCUAGGCGCGGCCGUGGGGCUGAUCUGUUUGGCCCAGUUUGCCUACUCGUGCAACGAGAUGGUCUGCGCCAGUAUAGUGUCCAAGUGUAUGCUGACGCAGAGCUGCAAGUGCGACAUGAAGAACUGCUCCUGCUGUAAGGAGUGCUCCGAGUGCUUGAGCUAUCUGUAUACCGAGUGCUGCAGCUGUUUGGAGAUGUGCCCGAAGCCGAACGAAACUACGAACGAGCUGAGCAAGCAGUCCCAUGUGGAAGAGCUGGAGGGCUUCCCGAAUCUGUUCAACGUGCUGACCUCGGAGGAGGAUCCGGAGGAGCGCUGGAGGAUCUUCACGUUUCCGAUCGAUCUGGACGCGGCGAUGUACGGGUCGAAUGCCGAGACCGGGAUGAAGUACUUGAUGCAUUCUAGCGACAACGACCUGAAGCCGCGUCUGGACACUCCGUCCAAAAUGACAGUCAACUGCACCGUUGCCUACAUGGCCCAAUGCAUGUCCUGGAACAAGUGCAAGGAGAGCUGCAUCACCAUGGGAGCUACCAGCUAUCGAUGGUUCCACGACGGUUGUUGCGAGUGUGUUGGACAAACCUGCAUCAACUACGGUAUCAACGAUUCCCGCUGUCGGGAGUGUCCGGAGAAUAAGGACCUGGACCUGGACGACAUACCCAACGAGGACGAGCUGGACUAUGGAGAUGGAGUUGGUCCGCUGGACAACGGAGGCGUCGAAUCGACCAAUAUCUGAACGGAGGCGUGGUGGGCGUUGGUGGUGUUUGUAACGGCAGCGAUGGCAGCGACGGUACCUGUUGGAAUCUAGGAGGAGUCUACAGGAGGGGACAAGAAUAGCAGCGAUGGAGCGUCAGGUGUAAUGUGCCUUAUUAGAAGCGGUGGUUCGUGUAUUUGGGGGGAAAACGAACGAAACGCUUAGAAUUUUAGUGAAACUCUGUGUAUUAGACGGAAAACGAAGUAUUUGAUGGAUGUACUUGAAGAAUGAAGAAGCGUAUUUCAGAGAAAGGACUGUGUACUUCGUUCUACAUAUUUAAAUUAACCGCAAGGGGAGUCAGCUUUGUGACGGUGAAAUGAAGUAUUGCAACUAAUACUUAAGUAUUUUUAUUUUUGUAAAAUAAAUCUAUACUCGUAUAUUGGUUUUAAA